GUGCGGGGAUUGGAAUGCUGCUGUGUAACAAUCGGAACAGUCUGGCCGCUCGCAGAUUAAAGCACUGGAAUGUUACAUUGUAUCAUUGGUGUUGGAAAAGCGCUUUGAAUGUUAUACGAGGAAUAGAACGACUCGUCUGUUUGUUUUUAUUUUAGGUAGAAAAUGAUACUUGAGUACAAAGGCAGUCAAGCUCCGUGCGAUAAGAUUGUGGUAUUGUCAUCCAAAUAUAUGCGAGAAUACGCGGAUUUCACGGGAUUUAUCCGUUUGGGAAGUUUGUGAUAGUGACCUUAUGACCCUCGCGCAUGGGAUGACAUCUAUCUCUAAUCCAUCACUGGAAAUACUUAAUAAUCUUCCUGACCUCUCUAAAUGUUGGUGAUUGUAAGUUAUCCAAGCUGGAUUUCUUCUAAAGUAGUUUCUGAUUUAUUUUUUUAUUGAUAUAGAAUAGCUCUCAUGGACAUUAGGGUUCAGAUCUCAUCUGUUAGUGUACAGAUGCUUGUCUAAUAUGAAAUCGGAGUCAACUGGAAAGGAGAGAGGUAGGUAGAUACAUAAAAAAGGGGUUUAGGUGAAGUCGGCCACAUGCACUGGAUUUGGGAUUGGAAUCACAAGGUGGACGUUGCGAGCAUCAGAUCCCUGCAGGUUUGUGGAGGAUGCUGCCCAGCUGGAGCUGAGAAGAUCUUUGGAUUCAAACAUCUCCAUCUGGAUCGAAGGACACAUGCAGGCCAAAAAACGCUAUUUAAUUCUCUUGUCGGCUGGUUUAUGUCUCAGUCUGCUCUUCUACCUGCAUGGACCAGCUUCCAGAAGGAGCCCAAAGCGACGGGAUGACCCGCAUCCACACUGGCCCGACUUCUCAGACCCUUUACGAGGCUUCAUACCCUGGGAUCAGACCUCAACCGAGGACUAUAAUGUUCGGACAUAUCCAAGACACAAGAGAGAAGAUAACCCUGGAGUUAUCAAGUGUGGUAUGGACUCCUGCUUUGAUUUUGCCUUGUGUAAGAGGAAUGGCUUCAAAGUUUACAUCUACCCUCAACAAAAGGGCGAGAAGAUCUCUGAAAGCUACAAGAACAUAAUAUCCUCCAUCGAGAGCUCCAGGUUCCACACUUCUGACCCGGGACAGGCUUGUCUCUUCGUUCUGAACUUGGACACUCUGGAUCGUGACCAGCUGUCCCCACAGUACUUGCACAACCUCAGAACUAAGAUUCAGAACUUGAAUCUGUGGAAUAAUGGGAGAAACCAUCUCAUCUUUAACCUUUACUCUGGAACGUGGCCGGAUUACACAGAGGAUUUGGGGUUUGACAUCGGUCAGGCCAUGUUGGCCAAAGCCAGCAUUAGUACUGAGAACUUCAGACCCAACUUUGACAUCUCCAUCCCCUUGUUCUCCAAAGAUCACCCCAGGACUGGAGGGGAAAGGGGGUAUUUAAAGUACAACACCAUCCCUCCUUUUCGGAAAUAUAUGCUGGUUUUUAAAGGCAAGCGCUAUUUGACUGGGAUUGGAUCAGAUGCUAGGAAUGCACUUUACCAUAUCCAUAAUUCAGAAGAUGUGGUGCUGCUCACUACAUGCAAACAUGGCAAAGACUGGCAGAGACAUAAAGAUGCUCGCUGCGACAAGGACAAUGCUGAAUAUGACCGGUAUGACUAUAAAGAAAUGUUACACAACUCCACAUUCUGUCUAGUGCCGAGAGGACGUCGCCUUGGCUCUUUUCGUUUCCUGGAAGCUCUGCAGGCCGCUUGCGUACCGGUGAUGCUCAGUAACGGCUGGGAGCUGCCCUUCUCAGAGAUUAUUGACUGGCGUACGGCUGCAGUCAUUGGAGACGAGAGACUACUGCUGCAGAUUCCAUCUACAGUCCGUUCCAUCCAUCAAGAUCGCAUACUAUCUCUCCGCCAACAGACUCAGUUCCUGUGGGAGGCGUACUUCUCUUCUGUAGAGAAAAUCGUGCUCACUACAUUGGAGAUCAUCCAGGAUCGAGUGUUGCAGCACAACGCCCGCAGCACACUGAUGUGGAACCGGCUGCCGGGUGGACUCUUCACCCUUCCGCAGUACUCCUCCUAUCUGGGCGACUUCCCCUUCUUCUAUGCCGAACUCGGUGUCAAACCACAGCAGAAAUUUACAGCCGUCAUUCAUGCAGUGACGCCUCUCGUAUCUCAGUCACAACCGAUUUUCAAGCUGCUAGUGGCUGUGGCCAAAUCGCAGUACUGUGCUCAGAUUAUUGUCCUGUGGAACUGUGACAAGCCCCUGCCCACAAAGCACCGCUGGCCCGCCACAUCUGUCCCGGUCAUCAUUAUUGAGGGCGAGAGCAAGGUGAUGAGCAGCCGUUUCCUGCCUUAUGAUGCCAUCAAAACAGAUGCAGUGUUGUGUCUGGAUGAAGACACUGUGCUAUCUACAACCGAGGUGGAUUUUGCCUUUACUGUUUGGCAAAGUUUCCCUGAAAGGAUUGUGGGAUACCCCGCUCGGAGUCAUUUCUGGGACACCAACAAAGAGCGCUGGGGCUACACUUCCAAAUGGACCAAUGACUACUCAAUUGUGCUCACUGGAGCUGCUCUCUAUCACAGGUAUUACAACUACUUGUACACCCACUACCUGCCUGCCAGCUUGAAGAGUAUGGUGGACCAGCUUUCCAACUGUGAAGACAUCCUCAUGAACUUCCUAGUGUCUGCUGUUACUAAGAUGCCCCCUAUCAAGGUCACUCAAAAGAAACAGUACAAAGAGACAAUGAUGGGACAGACAUCACGGGCAUCUCGUUGGGCAGAUCCCGACCACUUUGCCCAACGGCAGACAUGCAUGAACAAAUUUGCCAACUGGUUUGGCACCAUGCCCCUGGUCCAUUCACAGAUGAGACUGGAUCCUGUUCUGUUCAAAGACCAGGUAUCGAUACUGCGCAAGAAAUACAGAGACAUCGAAAGGCUCUGACGUACCUGAAACCACCGUCCUUAUAAACGGGGAUGGGAAACAGCAUAAAUGGGGUGAAAAUGGGGGGCCAUGGAGACCCUAGUGAGGGAGGAAAUCAUGAUGAGUUAACAUUGUGUUUGACGAAGAUCUGUCAUCACAGAACGUCACUAAAAUGACUGAAUUUAGAUGUAUGGAAUCUUAAAUGAAAAUAGAAGAAAUUCUGAAGCUACGACAUCAUAAAUGAAGUCCAAUUCGAGAUUACAUUGACGCCAUUUGAAUGAGUUUAGCAAAACACAAAGUCCAAUGCCAAAAUUGCCAGCGUUCUGUCUUCCAAGCCCCCUCUUGUGAUGCUUUGACAAAGAUGACAACCUAGCCCAUGAUGGGUAGCCAUGCACACAAAUCUACGUGCAGUCGGAAUGUGGACUACAACACACCGCUUUUAGCUUCUGGAACAGCCACGAGACCUUUGUGUGAGAUACUUUUGGCUGGAAGGGUUAAGGGGAGGUGACCCACGAGCUGCUCAUGCACAUUUAUUCUGUUUGCCUUCCGCCACUCUGGCAAGCGCUACUCCCCUAUUAAAGACGUUGGACGACAGCCUGUGGAAAAGCUGGUGUGCUAGACCGCCGAACACUAAGUCACAGUGCCUGAACUUUCAGAUGGAUUGUAUCUGGGAGUCCAAAGGGGUUUUGUAUGAAUGCAAAACACCUUGUUCAUGCUGCUUAUAUUUGGAUCAGUGUAUAGAAAUGGGAGGUGUUACUCAAAUUUGCCCAAAGUUUAAUUUUCUUCCUUUCUGUAUGAGCCUUUAUGUAUUUUGUUGAAAUAACAUGUUUUUUGGAUGAUUCAGACCCAAUGCCAUAAACAUCUCAGUAUCUGUCUGACUUUUAUGGUCUAAUUGUCACAAGUGCAAUGCCAUAUCAGUGGCCACGUUCACACUGCAGCUUGAUACGGUUGUUACUCCUCUUGUGAGUGAUAACCGUAAUUCUACAACUUGAUUAUCUCUCAAAAUAUUGAUGACCACAUUUACAAAAAAAAACCAGAAAAAUUAUUUCUUUUAAUUUACUCACUAUCGUUCCAAUCCUGUAUGACUUAAUUUCUUAACCAGAACACCAAAAAAAUAUAAAUGAUUAUCGCGGCCGUCUACUCUGUACAACAGCAGUUAAGAGUGACUCACUUCAAAGCAAAAAAAAUAAAAGACCCAAAAGUAUCAUAAAAGUAGUCAAUUUGGCUCUGCGUCAUAGCAACAACCUGAAAUGCAAGACGUCUGUUACACGUUCAUGAGUGAGAGAAACUCAUUCAUAGUGGCUUGUGCGAUAAUAGCGCUAAAAAACAAGAAUAAAAAAAGCAAUGACGCAUCUUUCAAUGUCGUUUUACUAACAUGAAAUAAAAUCUCAGACAUAAAAAAUUAAAUGAGUAGUUUAAAUAAAAAAAGUACUUAAAACUAUCGUAAAAGAAGUAUGCGGCUCUCAAAGAAACAACCCAAAAUGUACGUCAUUUUCAUUGAAAAUCAUACGUUGAAUGUUUAUUAGCACUAUGGAAGAAGCUCAUUCACAGCGGCUUGUGCGAUAACAUGAUAAAUGUGUUGAUAAGCGUAAAAAAAAUGCCAUUUUGUUUAGUAAACUUGUUUAAAAAAAUGCUUAUCAUGACAAAGCAUGACGCAUUUUUCAAUGUCAUUUAACUUAAAUAAAAUUAAGACGUAACAAAUUAAAAGCUUUAAAAUAAGUACCCAAAAGUAUCAUAAGUCGCAUACGGCUCUCAUAGAAACAACCCAAAAUGUACGUACAUUUUUGAGAAUAUCUUGACGUCAUUGCACAUUCAUCAGCACUAUGAAAUAAGCUUGUUCAAAGUGGCUCGUGCGUUAACACGAUAAAAUGUGUUGAUAAGCGCAAUUUUGUUUAGUAAACUUGUUUAAAAUAUUAUUUUAAAAGCAUAAUCAGCGUAAACAAAACAUGACGCAUCUGUCGAUGUCGUUUUACUAAAAUUAAAUCAAUUGUCAGAUGUUACAAAUUAAAUGAAAAGCUUAAAAAAAGUACCAAAAUUAUAGUCAAAGUAGCAUGUGGCUCUCAUAGAAACAAGUCAAAGUAAUUUUUCAGUGAAAAUAUUGUCAUCCAUGAGCAAAAAAAGCUUGUUCGCAGUGGCGAACACAUUAAUGCGAUAAAAUGUGUUGAUUAGUGCAAAAAAAAUAAAAUAAAUUAAAAUAAAAUAUUUUCAUUCAAAAAUGGUUUUAAAAGCAAAAAUCAGCAUAAACACAGAGCGAUGCAUCUGUCGAGGUGUAUUCUCAAAUAUGAAAUAAAAUGCUGAACAUUAAAAAUGAAGAAAUAGAUUAAAAACGGACCAUAAAAAUAGUCAAUGCUGCUCAUGCAUAAUAGAAACAACCUAAAAGUAAUUUUUCAAUGAAAAUCCGUUGCACGUUAAUGUACGUUAUGAAAGAUGCUCAUUCGCUGUGGCUUGCGCAUUCACGGGAGAACUGGAGAACUUGAGAACUUGUGUUGAUAAAUGCCAAAAAAACUAAAAACCUUUUUCUUUUAAUUUGUCACAUUUUGUCGAUGGCUGUUUAUUAUAAUUGCCUGAUGAUAAUAUAUCUCGGAUCCCCAUUUCUUUUGUCAAACAGAGCGAUCUCUAAACUGGUUUAAUUGUUGCCAUCCAUUUGUCUUGUUAACAGCCACGAGAUGCCAAAACAUUCACUAUUGUAUCACUGUCAACCAUCACAAUUUCAGGAGUUAUUUCAGUAUUCCGUUAACACACAAUAAUUAAGUUAAUCAAUCCUGCAUUUAAAUGCGAUUGUCACUCCCAAAACUUUGCAGUGUGUACGUGGCCAGUAUGUUUAACACGCUCAAUGUCCAAGCAUACAUGAUAUGUAUGUGUAAAAGACACAUUUAACACUAGUUUCGCCUUUGCACUCAGUGAAGAUGGAACAAAUCAAAUGGAAAACAAAUAUUUGAACAAUACUGGAUUGUGCAGAUGGGAGAGGACAUUGUUUAUUCAGAGUGUCAGGUCCAGUUAAGUACUAAUUUUUCCAUUAAUUUUUCAUUUCGAUUUUAAUUGAUAAAACCGGCUGACCCAACAGAGACAGAUUUAAAGAUACUUUGGUCCACAAUCCAUCCGUGACAUCAAAUCAGAGCAGAUGCCAUAUUUAAUGUGAUAAAUGAUAUUUAAUCAUUGAAGUACUCUGUAAAUACACUAUCGUGGUUUAUAAAUAUGGUAAUCAAUCAGUAACCAUGGUACCGCCACUGUACUUCUUUGAGUACCGUUCCAUCAGUUUGAGUCACUUUGACCCAAAAACACAUUUUAAGCGUGUGUUAUGCACUAAAAUAAAAAGGAAUGUCUGAGCUUUUAAUGAUUUAACUAUUACGUUUCUACUCAAAACUGCAGCAGAUAUAUAUUUAUUUGAAAGUUGGGUGAGACUUUCCCUUUUACUUGACUGCAUAAAACUUAAAAUGUGUUUCUGGGUCAAAGUGACUGAAAAUGAUGAAGCAGGGCACAAGUAUUUUGCUUUUAUUCAAAUUUGCUUUACUUUGAAAAUGUGUUUUCAAUGGAUUGCGCAAGAUGAGUCUAUAUUGGGAAAACAUGGAGUCAGAAACUGGAUUCUGUGUCUCUUUUAGGGCCAUUUUCUUUCUUGCCGAAGUUUGAAACCGACUGCACAACCAAGAGAAAUCAGUCUUGUCUCAGUAUUAUUGAAAGCACAGGGUCCUAUUGGAACCAAAGGUGAAAACGUUGCAGGAAACAUUACUGUUGCAAAGGUCUAAUAGUUAUUUAACUGGACGUGCUUCCGUGUAGCUUGAGAUGUUGCACCGCUCGUCCAAGUAAAAUCAGUUGUGAUGAUUCAAGCGACUUAUCUUGACAUCAUAAAGCUUGCAAAUUGCGUACAGUAUAUGGGUGUUUCUUAACUAUUGGCACUUUUGAUCACGUGGACGUCUAGAAAACAAAUGUAAAACACACUUUUAACACUCACAAAUUAAUUUAAUUUGCUUUUCAAAUGGCUUCUAUCUGUAUAGAUGUAAUUAUUUUCCUCGUUUACAUUCUUAAACUAGGAAAAUCACGCAUACACGUGUAUCAUAUCAAACAUUCAGAAAAAAGCUUAAGGGUUAAUGUUUCUGGAAACAUUAAUUAAAAUUAAUACCUGUUCAUCUGGAAUGCUUUCCUCACCCAGAAAAAACGUUUUUUUUAUGGACGCCUUUAACAUCUUCACUGACUCCACAUAUGACUCGUGUGGUAUAUUUCAUGUUUUCUAAAUGCAUAAACAUGUUUGUGCAGGUAACAGACCUACUGACUGAAAUUGCACAUGUUGUCAGCCACUGACUGUGUCUUGUGAGUUUUAUUCCUGCAGGGGGCGCUUGACGCUCUGAAAAACGAAUCCUCCAUAAAUAAGCAUUUAAAACUCAGAGCAUUUCAUACAUUUUUGGAGACAUUUUGCUCACAAAUUUAUUUAAUUUGUUCUCUAACAAAAGCACAUUUACAUGCACGCCAAUACGCUGAUUACUCUCAAAAAUCAGGUUAUUUAAAACAAAUCUGACAAGCCAAAAAAAAACUGUGUUUACAUGAGAUUUGAAAUGAUCGCAUUAUUGUCCGUUUCUGAUGUCAAACCAAGAAGAGACAUGCGCUAAACAUGGAUAAACCAGUCAGAACACCGGUAAAGGUGUUUACAUGCCAUUUCUGAAAAUAAUAAACAUUUCAGUUGUCGUUUUCAACUCAUCUCAAAAAAGAAUUUGUGAUGGAAAUGGUAUUUAAAGCUUUUUUUUUUUUAAUAAAAUUUCAGUGAUUUGUUUACAAAUGUAUUUAAAUCAUUUUCAAAUAUUGAAAUGAUCUAUUCACCUGUUUCUUUAGGUUAAAUGUAAUAAUAAUGUAAUGUUUUUUUUAUUGAUUUUCCUUUUUUAAGAUUUAAAACAAAGAAAACAGUGAAAUCUAUACAGAUAAAAGGCAUUUAAUAAGCAAACAUAAAAGAUGAAGGCAUUAAAAAGUGUCCAAGACAGUUUAAUGACAGUCUAAUAACAAAAAGAAGUUAACAUCUUUUUUAGUAGAAAUCAACCCCUGGGAUAAAAACGUUCCUGUACUUUAAGAAUCACUCAUAUCUUUAAUCAAGCUUAAAGGGACAGUUCACCCAAAAAUGAAAAUGCUCUCAUUUUCUCACCCUAAUGCCAUCCCAGAUGUGUGUGACUUUCUUACUUCAGCAGAACACAAAUUAAUAUUUUUAGAAGAAUAUUUCAGCUCUGUAGCUCCAUACAAUGGAAGUGAAUGGUGACCAGAACUGUGAAGCUCCAAAAAGCACUUAAAGGCAGUAUAAAAGUGAUCCAUAUGACUUCAGUGGUUGAUAUGUGUGGGUGAGAAACAGAUCAAUAUUUUAGUCAAUUAUUACUCUAAAUUCUCCUCCCUGUCCAGUCAAUCUCUACUUUAACUUUCACAUUCUUGUUCUUGUGUUUUGGUAAUUCACGUUCUUCCUGCAUAUGCCCCUAACUGGGCAGGGAGACGAAUUUCUAGCAAAAAUGUACUUAAAUAUUGAUCUGUUUCUCACCCAAAACUAUCGUCAAUUUUGAAGAUAUAGAUUUAACUACUGGAGUCGUAUGGAUUACUUUUAUGCUGCCUUUAUGUGAUUUUUGGACCUUCAAAGUUCUGGCCACCAUUCACUUGCAUUGAAAGGACCAACAGAGCUGAGAUAUCUAAAAAAUCUUAAUUUGUGUUCAGCAGAAGACAAAGUCAUGCACAUCUGUGUUGGCAUGAGGGUGAGUAAAUAAUGAGAAUUGUAAUUUUUCAGUGAACUAUUCCUUUAAAUGUGUCCGGUUACAAAGCUUUUUUUGCUUUUAAAUGAACGUGCCUUUCUCAAGACACUUCAGAGUUAUUUUGUAAUCCUUGUAAAUCCUUGAAAACAAUCUCUUCCUCAAAUAACGUCAAUCAUAUGUGGGUAUCUUCAAUCUGUUAUUGUGCAUUAACACAUUGAUUUAGUUUUCUUGAACAAACACUGGAGUUUUUAUGACAAUGGUUUAUGACAUUCCUGCCCGUGUUGUAGGAACGCCGCUUCAUCACUCAUGUUUGCAUGUGUACUGUACAUGUAUUUACCAGACAUGAGGACUGUAUCGUUUGUAUUUUGAUUUCAAUUUCUCUGCUUCAUCUUUGAACCUUGUAAAGACAUUAUUUUUACGUUAUUAUGAACAAUA